UAUAGUGCACUAUGUACAGUGUGGAGCGCCGUUACCGGUUUUAAACGAUGUAGUGCACUGUGUAGGGAGCAGGAAACCGUUUGGGACACAGUCUCUGAUUCUGUCCGGGUCCGGGUUCGGUUGAACCCAAAAAAAAAAAAAAAAAAAAUCCGUGACAGGUCGCGUGCGGAAGAUGAUGACGGUAAAUAAAAAGCCGCAUACAGACACAGAAAUGAGUGAAAAUAUUCCACACGGAGAGUUUUGUAAAGAAUUCUCUCUCAGAUGUUUAGGGUUUAGCUGCAGGAACAUGGCGAUGCUCUAAACUUUACAUUUUUCUUCUCGCUCUUGGUUUAUAUAGCGGAUCCCGGACUUUAAUCCGAGCUCGAGCUCCCGGUGUGGUGGUUUUUUGUUUUGUUUUGUUUGUUUGUUAGUGUAAAGAUUUUAAAACAAAAGUUGAUUUUUCAACUAAAUAAUUUUUCUCGCCGGUGAUGAAUAAACCCCGGAGCCGUGUGUCUGGUUUGCUGUCGCAGUAACUCUGUACACUGAAGUUUUGUGACUGGUUAUUCUUUAGGCUUGGUCUAAAGAGCGCUCUUUGUUCUGAGGGCAGCGUGACGCGAGGUCGACGCUGAUGAGGAGAUCUUUGCUUUGAGCCUGAGCGCGUGCUCCAUCGGCCCUUUGAGUCCACGUUCAUGCUCCGGUCCCGUCAUGCCGCAGUGCUGUGGCUCCUGACUCUUGAGGGCUGAUGAGUGUUUGGGCGCGAUGGAGCGCUGCAAGCAUGUGGUCCGUCUCCGUUUGGGACAAGACCACUCCAUCCUGAACCCUCAGAAAUGGCGCUGUGUGGACUGCGACACCACAGAGUCCGUGUGGGCGUGUCUGAAAUGCUCACAUGUGGCCUGCGGUCGCUACAUCGACGAGCACUCGCUGCAGCACUACCGCGAGACGCAGCACCCGCUCGCCAUGGAGGUGAGAGAGCUGGACGUGUUCUGCUUUGCGUGUGGCGACUACGUCCUGAACGACAACGCCGAGGGUGACCUGAAGCUCCUGCGGGGGGCGUUGUCCACCGUGCGGGACGCCGGUCGCCGUUCUAUGCGUUCCGCGUCGUCGUCGCCGCACUCGGUGAGUGGCGAGGGGGCGGGGCUUGUACCGGUUGCACUUAGGCACCGGCGGCGUGUGCUGCUCGCAACUGCUUUCCGGCGCUGGAGGAUGCGGCAGCAAGAGGAGCAGAAAAAACUGGAACAGGAGAAGGAGGAGCUUCGGCGGCAACGUAAAGAAAUGAAGAAGAGGAUCGUGGGAGACGACGGCAACGCACCACCGAGGAAAAGCGCACGCCUCCUGACGCAGGCGCCGCGGCCACUCGUCGCGUUGAUCCCGAGAAAAUUCAGAGACCCUCCCGAAAAAGCGCCACUUCCCGGCAAGAAUUCCAGAAAGGCGCUCCGUACUGUGAAAUCGGGUGUGGCCGGAAGGCGGGCCACCUCGUCUUUUCUGUUAGCGCGACGCAGGCGGUUAGCGCCGGGCGUCACGGGACUGCGUAACUUGGGCAACACGUGCUACAUGAACUCUAUCCUACAGGUGCUGAGCCACUUGCGUAAGUUCAGGGAGUGUUUCCUGGCACUGGAUCUGUGUGAGACGGAGCAGCUGCUCCUCGCCAAAACGCAAGGCAUGAUGGGAGGAGGAGGAGAGAAACCGGUGCAGCCCAAAGACCCCCGCGCAUCGUCUUUAUCGGGCCAGCAGGUGUCUCUGUGCCAGGAGCUGCACACUCUGUUCAGGGUGAUGUGGUCGGGCCGCUGGACGCUCGUGUCUCCGUUUGCCAUGCUACACUCGGUGUGGAACGUCAUCCCGGCGUUCCGUGGCUGUGACCAGCAGGACGCACAGGAGUUCCUGUGUGAGCUGCUGGAUAAGGUGCAGCAGGAGCUUGAGGCAGACGGCGGCUAUGGCGCCAAACGCCAACACACACGCACGCGAAUUGUCAUCCCCAUCACACAGAGGAAACUCUCCAAACAGGUGCUCAAAGUCCUCAACACCAUCUUCCACGGCCAGCUGCUCAGCCAGGUGACGUGUCUGUCGUGUAAGCGUAAGUCGAACACGGUGGAGCCGUUCUGGGAUUUAUCUCUGGAGUUCCCCGAGCGUUAUCACAGCGUGGCGAAGCUGAGCCAGACGUCCUCUCAGAGCUGCUCUCUCACCGAGAUGCUGAGCAAGUUCACCGAGACCGAGGCUCUGGAGGGACGCAUCUACAACUGUAACUACUGCAACAGAAAAAGACGCAAGUCAUCCCACAAGCCGCUGGCUCUAUCCGAGGCCUGUAAACAGCUGCUGAUUUAUCGUUUACCUCAGGUGCUGCGGCUUCACCUUAAACGCUUCCGCUGGUCGGGCCGGAACCACAGGGAGAAGAUCGGCGUUCACGUGGCGUUUGAUCAGGUUCUGAACAUGGAGCCAUACUGCUGUUCUGACGCAUCACAGGCCUUCACCUAUGACCUCUCUGCUGUAGUGAUGCAUCAUGGGAAAGGUUUCGGCUCAGGACACUACACCGCCUACUGCUACAACACGGAGGGGGGCUUCUGGGUCCACUGUAACGACUCGGAGAUGAACGUGUGUAGCGUGGAGGAGGUCUGUAGCACUCAGGCGUACAUCCUGUUCUACACACAACGAUCAUCUUAAAGAGACUCAACAAAUACACACCUGUGUGUAUUACUGAACGAACAAUCCAACCUGUGUGUGUGUGUGUGUGUGUGUGUGUGUGUGUGUGUGUGUGUGUGUGUGUGUGUGUGUGUGUGUGUGUGUGAGAGAGUGAGAGAGUGAGAGAGACAGACACAUGCCUGUUCUAGUCAGCACACGUGUUUAGGUCAGGUCUGAUUAGCCGUCACGCGGCUCAGGCUCAGUUCUAUUUUUCCACUGAGGUAUUUUACAACAAAGACGAGGUUCAUCACUCGCAGCACUUUUCCACCGACGUGGAGCCGGAUCUAGAACCAUUCCACGAGCAGCCGGUUCCGGGUGUUCACAGAAGGACGUGCGUCAACUUUUCCUCCCAUUAUUAAUAAUUUGCAAACGGACAUGUAUUCCCUGGGCGUUACUUGUGAUACUAGUGAUGUCAUACACUCCCAGCAUUCAUCUGGUUUAAGCAGGACUGUGACGUAGCUGUAAGUUAGUGACGGAACACACCAGCAAAAAAAAGAGACAGACCUAAAAGCCAUUGGAGUGUUUAUUACACAACCGGUUUAUGUAUAUAAAUCUUAUAACGAGUGCUUCAGCUGUCUGAGUUAGUCUUAGUUUGUUUGUAUGAUCCUUUGAUGCCAUGGCAACAGCAGGUUAGAGUAGCUAAUUGAUGUAAGCAGGGCUGAGGAAUGGCGUCUGUUUGGGACACGACCACUUCUGCUGAUGCAGCGGUUCGGCUCCACGUUUGUCGGAAAGUUAAGCAUCAGCUCUGACCUCAAGUUCGUUUUAGAUCUCAGAGAUUUUCUACACACUAAAACUGUUCACACACACACACACACACACACACACACAGAGUGUGUACUCAUCCAGGGCAUUCAGGACUAGCGUCCUCACACUGGAGCUUCAGGAACACAUCGACACGCCCCACACUGCCAGAGGGAGGAGCUCAGGGCGAAUGGAGGGAGAGACGGAGAGAGGGACGAGUGCAGAUGGAGAGAUGCUCGAGCUCCCCCUGCACUGUGCAGCACUGAGACGUCCGUCUGGAAGAUUCCAUCAUCAAACUUCUCACACACUCCAAUCAGGAAUUGCUCAGCUUUGUGAUACAGUUCUUCUUUUCUACUGUGGUUUCUAACGUGUGUAGUGAACUGUGUGUGCUGGGGGGCGGGGCUACCUGCACCUGGGAAUCUGAGGGGAGGGGCACCUGAGACUCUAAAUGGGAUUAGGGUGAAGGGGAGGGGGGUGGUCUUUGGGGUGAGGGGGGGAUUGUUUACUUUAGUCAAUUACUGACCAGAACAAUCUGAUGACCAUGAAUGUCUUUCUUGUGUGUGUGUGUGUGAGAGAGAGAGAGAGACUGUGUGUGUGUGUGUGUGUGUGUGUGUGUAGGACUGCAGGGGUUUUACAGUGACCUCUGACCUCAUGACAUUUUGUUCUGUAUUGUGGAGCACCAGUUAUCAACUUUAUUGAUCUGGGUUUGGCCUGAUAGCGAUUAAAGUUAUUACAACA